AUCAUCUUGAUCCGCACUCAUUCAAUCACAAUUCGCUGUUUUCUCCGGAAUUUUCACAAGAAACUUUCAUUCGAAAACAUGCUGUCAACACGGAUGUUCCGUCCGGCCUCGUCCAUGGCCCGGCAAGGCAUCGCAUCGCAGCGCCUCUUCCAUGCCAGCCGCCCAGCUUUGGCCGUCCACUAUGUCAAGACUGCCGAGGAGUUCAACAAGGUCAUCAAGGAACAGGACAAGGUCAUUGUGGACUGCUUCGCAACGUGGUGCGGACCAUGCAAAGCUAUUGCUCCCAUCCUGGAAAACAUCAAUGACAGGGCCUCUGAAGAGCCAGAGUUCAAGGACAAGGUCCAUUUUGUCAAGUUCGACGUGGAUGAGCUGCCCGAGCUGAGCCAGCAGCUGGGAAUCCGCGCCAUGCCAACUUUUCUCUUCUACAAGAACGGCAACAAGGUCGAUGAGAUGAUUGGAGCAAACCCGCCUGUUUUGCUGCAGACCUUGAGGAAGCACAAUGCUUAG